AUGGGUUUUGCGACAAUAGCGAAUAAACGCUUUCAUGCUUUGCGACUCAAAUGCCAGAGUUCAAACUACCACGUCGCAAUAGGAACAACAUUAAUAUUUCUGGGAUGCACUUUUGAUCUAAUGAACGUCGCAGGUGUGAUUUCCACCAUGAAUGAUCUCCAUACAACUUAUAAUAUCAGUUAUACAGAGGCGUCAUGGGCUCUGACCUCUUAUGCUAUCACUUUUACCGGCUUCAUUGCUUUUAUGGGACGUCUUGGCGAUAUAGUGGGCAAUUCCAUUCUAUUUACAAUAAGCUGUUUUGCCUUCACCAUAACUUCUCUUCUAUGUGCCGUCGUACCCAAUUUUCCGACCUUUACUGUAUUUCGAGCAUUGCAGGGUAUAUCAGCAGCUGGAAUAGUACCUUGUGGCUACGCGCUCAUACCUGUGUUGGCGAAGCCGGAAGAAGUUCAGAAAUUUUUCUCCAUUGUUUCUUGUGGGUUCAGCUCAACCAUUGGGCUGGGGCUUAUCAUCGGCGGGGCCUUUGUUCUUACUAAAGUUGGAUACGCCGGCAUAUUUUAUCUGACAUUUGCAGCCAUGUUUGUUGUUGGAGUUCUUUCACUUUUCUUCCUCUACCGAAUUGAGGAACAGAAGAAUACUGAAGUUGAGGAGAAGGAAAGACCUCCAAUAUCUUCCAGAAUUGCAACGCUUGAUUUCAUUGGGUCAUCAAUAUUUGUCAUUGGAAGUGUGCUGAUAGUUGUGGGUUUGACGGAAGGCGGUGAAUCCUGGAAAAAACCCAAGGCAUUUGUGCCGUUUAUGAUUGGAAUUAUCCUCUUUUGUGGUUUCUUUGUUUGGAAUUGUGCCUAUCAACAACUAGCCAAAUACCUGUCAAAGUCUCGCUACAAUGUCCCAAGCUAUUUUUAUAAAGUGCAUGUCCUAGUUCCCACCAAUGUUCUUUUUAUGACAAAUUUCAUUCCUCUCAUUAUAGGGUUUGCAUGCAACAACGCCUGUUUAUUUGCUACCGUCUAUAUUAUCGAUCAAUAUUCACAAUACGUGGAUAAAGUCAGUCCGCUAGUAGCAGGAGUCAGAUUAGUUCCUCUAAUGAUCACAAUGACGAUUGGCAAUUUUAUUUGUAGUCUCAAAUCUUCCCGGUUACAGCCUAGAUUUGGUGUUGUACUUGGAUUUGUGCUUAUGCUGUCUGGGUCAAUCAUUUUGACUCAAUUACAUCGCAUAGAAAAAGAUGUUUAUUGGAAGAUUAUUUUUAUCAGCCAGGUUCUCAUUGGAGGUGGUGCCUCAAUCUUCUACCCGUACGGACUGAGCUUAGCAGUAGGGAAUGCACCUAAGGAUUCAAAAGGUAUUGCUUCCGGUGUCACGCAAACAUUUGCACAGUUGGGAAUUGAGUUAGCGUUUUCCAUCAUAAUCUCUGUUCUGGGUGAUAUUACAGAAGUGCAAAGUGCUUCGAACUCUCAUGAGAGGUUCCGAGACGCUUAUCAAAAAUGCACAUAUUUUUGCAUUGCUGUUUCCGCCCUCGGUUUGGUAGUAACAACCUUGUUUCUUAAGAGACAUCCUACCCAAAGUGAUGAAGAGUCUCUCGCUUCAAAUGCUGAAGGUUCGCCAGUGGACUUCAAGGAAGAAGAAAACUAA